CACCUUAGCGACGUCCCCGAGUCGGGCGCCGUAAAGCUGGCCGUGCGCUCUGCAGCCGCCACCCCUUGGUCCCCCCCAAGCAGCCCCUUAGGAAGGCCCUCUUUCCAAGCUGCCUCCCCCCCCCCCCAGAAAGGCCACGGCUUGCUUUCCCUUCUUGCUUGCCCAUUCGGGGACGGGUGUGCGUAAAGCGGCGCCUUUCCCCGCUCGGAGGGGCCGAGCUGCGCAAGCCCGGCCUCUACGUCUCCGCCCGGCGGCCGCCCAGCGAAGGAGCGCAGUCGGCGGCCAGGCGCCGCGGCUCCGCCUCGCCCAAGCCGGCGGGACUCGGUGCGCCGCCCCGGCUGCUGCGUCAAGAGCGCUGCGCGCAAAGCGGAGGCCCGCCGUCUCCACGCCGCAGUUGAUGAUAAUACAUGCAUUUGAAAACCUGUUCAAAAUGAAAAAAGUUGCCAACCUUGCAGACUUGAAGUAAACCUGUCCUGGUUCUUGUGUGUAGAGCAUAAUGUCGGAGAGUGAUCUUGCUGGAGAAGAGUACCCAGCAGAGAUCCAUGAUUACCUUUCGGCCUUUGAUAAAUCUCUUGGUUUUGUGGAUGAGAUGUUGAAGACUAUGAUGUCUGUGUCGAGAAGUGAGCUUCUCCAGAAGCUGGAUCCUCUUGAACAAGCAAAAUUAGAUUUGGUCUCUGCUUACACAUUGAAUUCGAUGUUUUGGGUAUAUCUUGCCACACAAGGAAUUAAUCCAAAGGAGCACCCAGUGAAACAGGAGCUGGAGAGAAUAAGAACCUAUAUGAACAGAGUCAAAGAGAUAACAGACAAGAAAAAAGCUGCCAGACUGGAUAAAGGUGCCGCUUCGAGAUUUCUGCGGAGUGCCCUCUAUGAACCCAAACCUCAGAACAAGUCUGCAAAGAGAACUCCCGUUCCAGCCAAAAAGAAGAAAACACACUAGGAUUUCCCUGUUUUCAUUGGUAUAGGUGGAAUGAAUAUUUUAAUUGACUUUUUCAUGUUUCAUAUGCAGUAAAAAUACAUUUUGGUGAAAUAAAUUUAUAACAAAAAAACCAUUUCAGAUUUUUAACCCCCCCCCUCAAAUCCUGUUGUUUAUUUUGACUUGAUAGAGAAGCUGAAAUUAACUAAUCAGGGUCUUCCAACCCACCUACUCUUUCAAAGCAGAACGUAUAGCUAAUUUGUCUUUUGAUCUGGGAAACACGACAAGGUAUCUAUAUGCUAGGCAACUUAAGAGCAACUACUGCAGAAUGGAUAGUUUGCAGAUUGCACCGUCUGUGUUCAAAUGUAUCUGCUUGUCAGCAUCUGACACUUGUGUGCAGUUCUUUCAUGCUAAACCAGCUUAGCUGCUUCUGCUGCUCCUGUGUUUUAUCAAGUACCCCCUUGAAUAAAUCUGCUGUUAAUAAGAAUGGUUUCCUUCCGUUCUAGUUCUGCUGGUGCUCUAGCUCAGGAAUGACGGAGCCUCCAGAAGUUGCUCCAUUUCAGCUCCCACCAGCAUCUCUGCCCAAUGGCCAUACUGGCUGGAGCGGAUGGAAGUUGGUAGUCCAACAUCAUCUGAAGGGACACAGGUUCUUCAUCCCUGCUUUAGCUCAACUGGUUAAUGUUUUAGUUGG